AUUUCUAUCAAUUGAUCUGUCGAUUCCAUCAGUAUUUAUUUCUCUGACACCUGAAAUUCAUCGGUUUGUGUUAAACUAGUGAAAUCUGCAGUACUUGUUGUGGAAAAUACGGAUGAUUUGGGUGAUUAAUGGAAGGAGGAAGUAUUGAGAGAUGAGGCGGGAUAUCUCAGUGUUGAUUCAGCCUAAAAUUUUGCUGCUUUUUGCUGUGGCUUUGGUUCUCAUCUUCCUCUUCCUUUCAUUUUCGCCACAGGAGGUUGCAGGACCAGAGGAGGUAUAUGAAAUCACUCAUAGAGUAUUUUUGGAUGUUGAUGUAGACAAGCAACGUGUAGGGCGGAUAACUAUUGGAUUAUAUGGUCAAGUUGUGCCAAAGACUGUGGAGAAUUUCAGGGCUUUGUGUACAGGGGAGAUGGGUAAAGCCCCCAAUGGGAAAGUUCUACACUACAAGGGAACUCCAUUUCAUCGUAUUAUACCCGGAUUCAUGAUUCAAGGCGGAGACAUUGUUUCUGGAGACGGGAAAGGAAACCAAUCUAUAUACGGUGGUACCUUCCGUGAUGAGAAUUUCAAGCUGAAGCACUCGCAUCCAGGCGUGGUGUCCAUGGUGAAUUCUGGGCCUGAUUCCAAUGGUUCACAGUUUUUCAUUACAACGGUCAAGACAUACUGGUUGGAUAAUGAGCAUGUUGUUUUUGGCAAAGUCAUUGACGGCAUGGAUGCUGUAUAUGCCAUCGAGGGAGGUGCGGGAACGUAUAGUGGGAAGCCUAGAAAGAAGGUUAUCAUCGUAGAUUCUGGGGAGAUACCGAAGGGCAAGUGGGAUGAAGAUAAUCGGGCUUCGACAACAUGAAAAUCAGUCAGUAGCAGCAAUAUUUCAGGUUAACUUAUUAAUUUCACUAAUUAUUUCUUUCUUUUGGGACUAUGCUUUAUUCUGUAUCAUGUUUGUUAAGUUAUAACAUUGAGCAUAUUUUGUUAA